AUGAUUGUAGACCAGCUGUUUCCUCGAUCCUUUGGGGCUGUUCUGCUGUGGCUCCUCGCUGGUCUUCUUGCCAAAUUCAUAAUCAACAAAUAUGGAAACGGACUCAACCGAAUACCGGGCCCAUGGCUGGCAGGCUUCACCGACUUGUACAGACUCUGCAUUGUCUGGAAACGGCGGCCAGAAUUAUGGCACAUCAGGCUGCAUGAGAAACAUGGAAAGCUUGUGAGGCUGGGCCCAAACACAGUCUCGAUAGCAGACCCUGAAGCCAUCAAGACAAUCUAUGGUCUCAGCACCGGCUACGUUAAGUCGGAAUUCUACCCGGUCCAACAGACAAUAGCCAACGGCCAGCCCCUUCAGUCCCUCUUUAACACAACCGACGAGCAAUUCCACGCCCGGCUUCGCAGGGCUGUGUCAAACGCCUACGCCAUGAGUACCUUGGUUGCUUUCGAGCCUCUGGUCGACACAACUACCGUCACAUUCCUUGAACAGCUGAAGAAACGGUUUGCAGGGCGCUCAGACAAUGAAGGCACUUGCGAUUUCGGGGCCUGGCUGCAGUACUAUGCUUUCGAUGUCAUUGGGGAGCUGACGUACUCCAAGCGACUUGGGUUCGUGGACCGUGGUGUUGAUGUUGACCACAUAAUUGGAAAUCUGGAGCGGCUUCUGAAUUACGUCUCGGUUGUCGGUCAAUUGCCAAUACUGGACCGGAUUCUUUUCAAGAACCCCAUUAGGUUGUGGAUGAGCAAACGUAAUCUCCUCAACUCUAACACGCCCGUGGUCCAGUUCGCUCGCGAACGCAUGGCGGGCCGCAGAGACCAGAUCGAGAAAGGCAUAUCCGCCAAACCCUCAGGCCCCGGCCCAGAAAGACGGGACUUCUUGUCCCGCUUCAUCGACGCAAGAGGGAAAGAUCCAGAGUUCAUCAGCGAGCAGCGCGUGCUGGCCCUGACCGUCGCGAACAUGUUCGCAGGCUCAGACACGACGGCCAUUAGCCUGCGUGCCAUUUUUUACAACUUGCUCAGGAACCCGCCGGCGAUGAGUAAGCUCCUGGACGAGUUGGCGGCCGAGAGUGGAUCAGGUAAGCUUAGCAGGAACGAGGAGGCCGGGCACGCUGGACUCGUGAAGUGGAACGAGGUUCGGGAACUGCCGUACCUCAGCGCCGUGAUCAACGAGGCCUUGCGGUGUCACCCGGCGGCUGGCCUUCCUCUCGAGCGGGUUGUGCCAAAGAAAGGUCUUCGCAUCGAUGGUCAUUACAUCCCCGGAGGCACCAUUGUUGGCUGUUCGGCGUGGGUCAUUCACCGAGACGAGGGUGUCUUUGGGUCGAAGCCUACGGAGUUCCGACCCGAGCGGUGGAUUGAUGCCAGCCCGGAGCAGCAAGCCAAGAUGAGAAAUUGUCUCCUUUCGUUUGGUUCCGGGGCCAGGACCUGCGCGGGAAAGAAUGUGUCCCUGCUCGAGAUGUACAAGUUGGUGCCCGCUGUUCUCAGAACAUUUGAAAUCGAAUUGGUAGACCCAGAAAAGCCAUUGGCUUUGAACAAUGCAUGGUUUGUAAAGCAAAGUGGUUUUCAUGUGCGACUCCGGGAGCGGGAAAAAGUCCUCUGA